AUGGAUCCAUCACUCACGUCGGCCUGGCAGGCCUCGGCCAACGACCUGUUUGUCCCAGCCAUCUCCAAGGGAAACCAGUCCCUUCUCGCCUUCUUCCUGCUCGCCCUUGCCGUCACCUCGACCGGCGUGUUUGCUAUGAACCGCUCCUUCGUCAACAUCUUCCUCUUGGGCGUCCCUGCGUCGCUGGCACUGGGCUUCGGUUUGGUUUAUCUGUUUUGCGCGGUUGGGGUCUACGUUUAA